AUGGGCAAGUUCAUGAAACCAGGGAAAGUUGUCCUUGUUUUAGCAGGACGCUAUGCGGGCCGCAAAGCUGUCAUUGUAAAGAAUAUCGAUGAUGGCACCUCAGACCGCCAGUACAGCCACGCCCUGGUCGCUGGCAUUGAUCGCUAUCCUCGUAAGGUGACCGCCACGAUGGGCAAGAAGAGAAUUGCCAAGCGGUCCAAAAUCAAGUCUUUUGUGAAGGUGUACAACUACAACCACCUCAUGCCAACCAGAUACUCUGUUGAUAUCCCUCUUGACAAAGCUGUGGUGAACAAGGAUGUUUUCAGGGACCCAGCUCUGAAACGUAAAGCCAGAAGGGAGGCCAAAGUCAAAUUUGAGGAAAGGUUAGUAACCGGAAAAUAUUGA